GUUUUGGAUGACAAAGGUGAGUGUAAACCGCAAAUGUCGUGGGAGAGAUGGUGAGUUUCAGUACUAAUUUGGAUUUUGGGAAGGUGUUUCCAUGGGAUCCAUAUGUCUCCAUAGUUUGUGAUUGAAGUUGUCAUGAAGAAGAAGGCGAGCACUUGCAAAGGCAACUAGCAGUCAAUGAAAAUGAAUUUAUGUUAGGUGAUAGUAGUAUGUACCUGUUUGGCGUGGGAACUUUUGGUUACCAAAUUACUACCUCUGUCCCAAUUUAUGUGAAGGGGUUCGGAGAACGAUGGUCAAACCGUUUAAUUUGACUAUAAAUUGGGGUAUAGAUUCUUCGUAGUUUUAAUUUUUUAAAAUAAAAUAAAGAUAUUUAAAAAUUACACGAAAUGACGAAAAGUGCGACAAGUCAACAUACAUAACAUUCAAAUAUUUAAAAAAUGGUUUAAGCUGCUAACAAGGGGUUAAAAAUCUGUUCUUCACUACAGUUUGAUGCUAAGGUCCUAGCUCCAUGCCCCUGAACUCUCUUUGUUCCUUGUUUUGCUAGUGAGUAGUGAUGCUGCAAGUUUCCUGUCUUUGAUAUCUUGGGCUACGCAUGGUACUCAUAUAAUAGCUUUACCAUUUAUUGGAAGUUUAGGUUGUUCUUGUAAAAUUUCCACUGUGCUUCAUUUCCACUUGUUUUGUCAUGAUUGCUCUUUCUUCUAACUCUGGGUUGUAUCUCUUGGAGUCCCUCCAUUUAUGGGAUUGGUCACUGUGUGCCUAUGACUUCAUGGAAUCAAUUGAAAUAUUUGUUUACUGUUUUUUUUUUUUCAUUUGCAUUAUCUCUUUUAUUUGUUUUUAGUUUUUCUUUGUUGGGAUAGAAUGACAAUCAUCUAUUUUUUGGUGCAGGAUCCACUAAGCUUCUUCUAACUAAGCUUCUUCUCUUUCUGGGUUGUGUUGUCAACGAUUUAUUGCUUGGCUGCUCCAAAGCUUAUAGGUUGUAACUGAAGGAAUGCGGAUUUGAGCAUGACAAAUAUACGUUGGAGACUUGCGUAUGCAUGUAUAGUGCAUUAAUAUAUUAAUUGGGAUUAGUGAUGGAGUGCAACAAGGAUGAAGCCCUAAGGGCUAAAGAGCUGGCUGAGAAGAAAAUGCAGAGUAAUGACUUUGGAGGGGCUCAAAAGGUUGCACUGAAAGCUGAACGGCUUUACCCUCAGUUAGAGAAUAUAUCGCAGCUACUUGCUGUUUGUAAUGUCCACUGUUCAGCUCAGAGAAGUACAGUGGGAUCAGAAAAGGACUGGUAUGGGAUCCUCCAAAUUGAUAUGAUGGCUGACGAAGUGACUGUCAAGAAACAAUACCGGCGACUUGCGCUCGUACUUCAUCCUGACAAAAACAAGUUUCCAGGUGCAGAAGCAGCUUUCAAGCUAAUUGGGGAAGCAAAUAUGGUGCUUUCUGAUCCGACGAAAAGGGCUUUGUAUGAUAGUAAGUAUAGGGUUUUAUCUAAAGGUUCAGCAGUAAAGCAACCAUCUUAUCAGGUUAAUCGAAAUCCUCCGGCUAGACAAAAUAAUAUUCCAAAUGGUUAUCCGAAUAAUAUUCAGCAAACACGACCAACUUCAUCAGCAGUUCCGGAAACAUUCUGGACGGGAUGCCCUUUUUGCAGUAUUAGGUACCAGUACUACAGGAGUUUUGUGAACAGAGCUUUACGCUGCCAGAAAUGCUCAAAGCCUUUUAUUGCAUAUGAUUUAGGUUCUCAAGGUGCACCUCAAUGGAGUCGUCCUGGCGGUCAGGAUGUGCCUCUUCGGCCAAACACGAGCCAGCCUUAUCAGCAGAAAGAGGUUCCCACCUCAGCUGGGGGCCAAAUGGGAUCACAACGGGGUCCUAGUGGUAGAACACAACCAGAGGUACCAAGAGAAAAGACUGCUCAGGUAUUUGAGGAUUUAAAGGCGAGAGGGAAGGCAGAAAAGGGAAUGGGUGGUACAAAUGCUGGGGGCGCUGCUAAAAAGAACAGGAAAAGGAGUAAGAAGCAAACAGUUGAAUCAAGUGAUAGCAUUGAUACUUCCAGCAGCACCGAGCCUGAAACUGUGGACAUUGAGUCUGGAGAAGGUUUUGGAUUUGAUAGUUCCCGCCCUAGGAGAUCCUCUCGCCUACGCCGCCAGGAUGUCUCCUAUAAUGAAGGUGCAAGUGAUGACGAGAAUGAUUCCGCCAACCCUCUGAAGAAGGCACGGGCUGGAGAUGAUACUUCAAAGCACAAAGACAGUGAUGGCUUAAAGGAUGUCAAACCAACUGCUAAUUCCAAGGCAAAUGCUACUCAAAAUGGAACAGCCCCUCCUAAGGCAAAAUUGCAAGAUGAAAAUUCCAAAUUUGAUAAACAGGCUACUGGACCGGCAGAAGAAGUUGAAGUCGUUGAUUCCUCUGAUUCAGAAUCUGAUAGCGAUGAUUCUCCAGAGUUAUAUAACUGUCCUGAUUCAGAGUUCAGUGAUUUUGAUAAGCAAAGGGAAGAGAGUUGCUUUGCUGUUGACCAAAUCUGGGCUUGUUAUGAUACAGCUGAUGGCAUGCCAAGAUUCUAUUGUCAGAUUAGGAAAGUUUUGUCUCCUGGAUUUGAGCUACGGUUCACUUGGCUCGAGGCUAAUCCAGAUGAUGAAGAAGACAUGGACUGGGUAGAGGCAGAGUUGCCUGCUGGUUGUGGGAAAUUUAAACGUGGGAGUUCUCAAAAGACUAAUGAUCGUCUUACAUUCUCUCAUCAAGUGCAGUGCGAAAAGGGUAAGAGAGGUGCAUUCAUUUUAUAUCCUAGGAAAGGGGAGACAUGGGCUCUUUUUAAGGAUUGGCAUAUCGGUUGGAGCUCCAACCCAGAAAAACAUAGCGAGUACAAGUAUGAAAUUGUGGAGGUUCUUUCUGAUUUCGUUAAGGAUGUUGGUAUAAAAGUGAACUAUCUGGAUAAAGUGAGUGGAUUUGUUAGCGUUUUCCGGCCCACCAGCCAGACUAUGGUUGGCUCAUUUUUUGUAAAGCCAAAUGAACUUUACAAGUUCUCUCAUCGAAUCCCAUCAUUCAGAAUGACUGGAACUGAAAAAGAGUGUGUACCUGUGGGAUCGUUUGAACUUGAUCCUGCUUCUUUACCACUUAAUCCAGAUGACAUUUGGUACCCUGGGAAACUGGAGAAUGUGACAACACCUAACAAAGGAAUGGAUGCUACUGAUGGAGGAGAGUCAUCUAAGGUUCGCAGAUCUCCCAGGGGUGUGAAUAUCUCCAUGACUAGAAAAUUGUCGACAUGACAGAUUCUUUUCUUCUGCUUUUCUUGCACAGUGAAGCUUUCAUUCGGCUAGACUUGUGGAUUUUGUCAUAACUUAAGGGAUACCAGUAGGAUUAAGACAAUAGUUGUCGCUGGCCUGAACGCUUUUUUGACUGCAGUAUGUGUUCUCACAACUCUUAUUGCUAGUGUAUGUCCUUUGUGUAGUUUUUGCUGAAUCAAAAGUAUCUUCAGAUCAUUUCCUGAGGGAUGGAUUAAGGAUAUUUAAUUUGAACAAUAA